AAAUGGUCAUCUCAAUACACAUUGAAUAGAAAAUUAUUAUUACUAUAUUUAAAGAUUUUAUUUUUAAGUAAUCUCUAUAUCCAUCGUGGGGCUUGAACUUAUAACCCUGAAAUCAAGCAUUGCACGCUCUACUGAUUGAGCCAGCCAGAUGCCAUGAAAAAUUAAUAAGUAUUUAUUUACAUUUUUAUUUUUGUACUAAGUCCUGCUCUCAUGUGUAUUUAACACAGCACAUAUUAAGUCAGUUGAGGCGCAUCUCAAGGGCUCACUAGCCAUGUACGUCUAGUGGUUACCAUAGCAGACAGCACAGAUCUGCAAGUCUUAGAGUUUUAGGUUUUACUUUAAAUCUGUUAUUUAGGGGCUCGAGACCGGGCGCUGAGGGCAAUGGCUGCGCGCCGGCUCGAAGACGAGCGUCUCCGGGCGGGGGCGGGUGUGGAGCGUGCCGGGGCCGCGCGUGGCCUCUGAGAGGCCGGACGGCACUGCCGGGAGGCGGCGGCGACAACGACGGCGGCGGUGACGGGAACCGCGCCAGGGGUGAGGCACUGUAACCCCGUUUAAUUCUGCAUCUAGAAAGCCCAAGACUGAAGAAGAUCAGAGACAUUGACUAACCUGGAAACAGGGACCUCUUUGGAACUUUGCUUUCAUCCAUAGUACCGUUUUAGAACUAUCAUUGAGUGGAAUUGAUUUCUUCAUCUUAUUUUGUUAAUUGGGAAGAACAUGGAUUCAGGGAUUUUACGUUUCCCUUUAGUUUGCAUGAACUCGAUAGGAAACGGAGCCCUUAAAGGGCUUGGGAAUAACAAGAAGAGAUUGAAGACACAAGCUUGCUCGUGCUCUCUCUCUCUGUUUUCCCUCCCCCUUGGAAGAAAAGGAUUUACAACUCAACCUUCUAACAGCUGCGGCCCACCUUUAGCCAUCAAAAGAAAAUAAAUAAAAUUAAACCACCAUUGCCAGACUACAAGCCCUGAAGUCAAGGUGUGGGAGUGGUGGCAUUGAGAAAACUGCCUAAAAGGGACAAGGAGUGCAGUAAAAAAUCUUCUCUUUAAAACUGGCAGGGGCCUCAGAUUCCCUUUUGGAUUAAAAUAGAAACACAGGGCACACCUCUUUUAGGUGCAGCUCACAUUUGGUGGAGUGUGGUAGUCGUGGAGGUGCUAGAGUGUCUCCUCAGAAGAAUUUUUCCUUGCCCGAAGUGGUCUCCCCUACCCUGAUAUUCUCCCUGCUUGCCUUUUGAAGACUUGCCUCCAUCCAUGAGCUAUUCCCUGACCUGUCUGACGGCCCAUGUUCUCCACCUGCAACCAUUUGCAUCUGUACAGCCUACUGUUUGUCUCCAGUUUUUAAACUGUACAAGUUGUGUUUCUUAAUCUCUCCCUCUUGCCUUGUUCUGGGGAGUGGUUAUUCAUCAUUUGGAAUCACCUUUCCCCCUCCCAUGUGUUUUCCUUCAUUUGAGAUCUUUUGACCUUUGGUUUUCUUUGGGAGGGGGAAGGGUGAUAAUUUUAAAUUUCUGUUUCCCCGGUUUCCUUCUGUACUCUUUUUCUCCGUUGUUCACCUCAUCUCAUUUUCUUGUCUGUUCUGCCACUGUGUGGGCCUGGGCUAUGCGGCAGGGCAGACCUCCCAUCAGAGCUCCAACAUGCCCGCAGAGUAUGGAAAGAGUUUCAAGCCCAGCAAGUAUGUUCUGGUCUCAGCAGCCACCAUCUGCUUAGUGGGAGCUAUGACCCUUUUCUUUGCCUUUACCUGUCCAGGACUAAGCCUCUAUGUGUCACCUGCAGUGCCCAUCUGCAAUGCGGUGGUUUUUCUCUUUGUGCUGGCCGACUUCAGCAUGGCCACCUUCAGGGACCCAGGGAUUUUCCUUCGAGCUGAGGAGAAUGAAGACAAGGAAGAUGACUUCCGAGCUCCCCUUUACAAAACAGUGGAGAUUAAGGGCAUCCAGGUGCGCAUGAAGUGGUAUGCCACCUGCCGUUUCUACCGUCCUCCUCGAUGUUCCCACUGCAGUGUCUGUGACAAUUGUGUGGAGGAGUUUGACCAUCACUGCCCCUGGGUGAACAACUGUAUCUGUUGCCGGAACUACUGCUAUUUCUUCCUUUUCCUCCUCUCCCUGACAGCACACAUGAUGGGUGUGUUUGGCUUUGGCCUCCUCUCUGUCCUCUACCACAUGGAGGAACUCUCAGGGGUCCGCACGGCUGUCGCAAUGGCAGUGAUGUGUGUGGCUGGCUUAUUCUUCAUCCCCGUAGCUGGCCUCACGGGAUUUCAUGUGGUGCUGGUGGCUAGGGGACGCACAACCAAUGAACAGGUUACAGGUAAAUUCCAAGGAGGUGUGAACCACUUCACCAAUGGCUGCUGUAACAAUGUCAGCCGUGUGCUCUGCAUCCCAGCACCCAGGUAUUUGGGGAGACCAAAGAAAGAGAAGACGAUUGUCAUCAGACCUCCCUUCCUUCAACCAGAAGUGUCAGAUGGGCAGAUAACGAAGAUCAUGGACAAUGGCAUCCAGGGAGAGCUGAGGAGAAGCAAGUCUAAGGGAAGCUUGGAGAUCACAGAGAGCCAGUCUACAGAUGCUGAACCCCCACCUCCUCCUAAGCCGGACUUGAGCCAUUACACGGGGCUACUAACACACCUCAGCCUGGCUACUAAUGAGGAUGGCAGCCUCCUGGGCAAGGACAGCCCUCGCACACCUACCAUGUACAAGUACCAGUCGGGCUACAGUAGCAGCAGUACGUCAGCCACCAUGCCUCAUUCCUCCAGUGCCAAGUUGAGUCGUGGGGACAGCUUGAAGGAGCCGACCUCAGUUGCAGAGAGCAGCUGCCAUCCCAGCUACCGCGUGGAGCCCAGCUUAGAGCCAGAGAGCUUCUGUUCUCCCACCUUUGGCAAAAGCUUUCACUUCGAGCCACUAUCCAGCGGCUCACGCUCCUCCAGCCUCAAGUCAGCCCAGGACACUGGCUUUGAGCUGGGCCAGUUGCAGUCCAUUUGUUCAGAGGGCACAACCUCCACCUCCUAUAAGAGCCUGGCCAACCAGACACGCAACGGAAGCCUGUCUUACGACAGCUUGCUCACUCCUUCGGACAGCCCCAAUUUCAAGUCCGUGCAGGCAGGGCCUGAGCCAGACCCACCUUUAGGCUACACCUCUCCCUUCCUGUCAGCCCGGCUGGCCCAGCAGCGGGAAGCCAAGAGGCACCCACGUUUGGUGCCAACCGGCCCAACACACCGAGAGCCCUCCCCGGUCUGGUACGACAAUCUGUCGUGCCAUAUUGUGGCCUCCCUCCAGGAAUGAGAGAAGCUGCUACGCCAGUCACCCCCACUCCCAGGCCGAGAAGAACCAGGCUUGGGGGACUCAGGCAUUCAGUCAACGCCGGGCUCAGGCCAUGCCCCUCGCACUAGUUCCUCCUCAGAUGAUUCAAAGAGAUCACCCUUGGUCAAGACUCCACUGGGACGCCCAGCUGCCCCCCGUUUUGGCAAGCCAGAUGGGCUAAGGGGCCGGGGACUAGGGUCCCCUGAACCAGGCCCAGUCGCCCCAUACCUGGGCCGAUCUGUGUCUUACAGCAGCCAAAAAGCCGGUGUCACCCCAGCUGGUGUCUCUGAGGCAGAGGAAGUAGCCUUGCAGCCGUUAUGGACACCCAAAGAUGAAGUACAGCUCAAGACCGCCUACAGCAAAUCCAAUGGGCAGCCCAAGAGUAUAGGCUCUGCCUCCCCUGGCCCAGGCCAGCCGCCCCUCAGCAGCCCCACAAGGGGUGGAGUCAAGAAGGUGUCAGGGGUGGGUGGUACCACCUAUGAGAUUUCCGUGUGAGCCUUCGGCACCUCCCUUCCCCCCAUGCCUCUGCGCCUACACCAAAGGGCCCCAGGUGGCCACCUUCCUUUCCUCAAGGGAUUCCCCUCCCCUGCAUGGACAUUUUUUUAAACCACCGAUUCCAAGAGGAUGAGGAGCGUUUUAUAAAAUGCAGUGGGGAUGGGGAGUCAGAGAGUUGGGGCCCUGAGACUGGGGUAGCAACCCCCUUCACCUUUUAAGACCUUCCCUUCUUUAACCCCUGGACCAGACUCAGUGGACAUUUGUGCAAUUGCUCGCCCUGGAGGGAACCAGAUCAUUUUUAAACCAGAAAUAAUUAUUUUUAUUAUUGUUAUGGAUUCUGUUUUUUUCCUCUGCAUUACCAGGUGUGUGUGUACAUA